GUUGAAACUGCCCCUUGGCCUGUGUGGAGUUGCAGAGACGCCUCCUUCUACUGCAGUUUCUUUUCAGUGAUCUUAUUUUCCUCUGUGGCGAAAUCAAGAAGAUGGGAACGUAUUUGAUUUUACUGGGUCUGCUCUCGAUCUGCAGCCUCUGCUUCAGUCAUGAAUGCGCUCCGGAGUUGAUCGAGAAUGUGGAUUUCCCGGGAUCAGAUAUAACAGUUCUCCACUCUCUGGAUGCAAGGCACUGUCAGCAGCUGUGCACUGAGCACCCAUCCUGUCUCUUCUUUAGCUUUCUUCGACAUGACUAUACCAGAGAUAACAGGAACUUCUUCUGCUACCUCAAGUCCACUCCCUCUCGAGAGCCCAACGUCCGGACUCCAGUACAGGGUAUCACUUCGGGCUUUUCUCUCAAAAACUGCCCCUCAAAGCUGGAGUGCGCUCAAGAGUUAAUCGAGAAUGUGGAUUUCCCGGGAACAGAUAUAAAAUUUCUCUACUCUCCGGAUGCAAGGCACUGUCAGCAGCUGUGCACCGAGCACCCCUCCUGUCUCUUCUUUAGCUUUCUUCGACAUGACUAUACCAGAGAUAACAGGAACUUCUACUGCUACCUCAAGUCCACUCCCUCUCUAAAGCCCAAAGUCCGGACUCCAGUACGGGGUAUCACUUCGGGCUUUUCUCUCAAAAACUGCCCCUCAAAGCUGGAACAACCUUGUCAGUCUCAGCUGUACCAGAAUGUGGACUUCCCGGGGGCAGACUACAAAUCGUUUUUCACCUCCAGUGUUGAAGAGUGUCAGAGGGUCUGCACACAGGACCCUCACUGUCGGUUCUUCGCUUUUAUAAAUGGCGUCUUCACAGCAGAGAACACAAGAUACAGAUGUUUCCUUAAACACAGCUGGUCGGUUCCGAGGACUCCUGUUAUAAAGAAAGAGAUUGGAGCAGUAUCUGGAUUCUCCCACAAACUGCAAAUGACUCAAUACUUUGGAACAGUUUGCCAAGGAAAGCUUUUCUUAAACACUGACAUCCCAGGACACGACAUUGACAAGCUGCCCGCCGCCUCUGCUGAACACUGUCAGGCUCUGUGCACUGAUAAACCAAGUUGUACAUAUUUCUCUUAUAACAGGGGUGACUUCCAAUGUUACUUGAAGGGAAAUCCAUCUGUAAUGGUGACCAGCACCAACGUGGUAGCCACAUCUGGGAUACCGGUGCACUUCUGCCAGAUGGAUAACAGCUGGCUUCAAGUGUCUCAUGAAGGAGUUAGUUUCCAAGGUUCUGACCUUCGUUCUGAGUUGAUGUGUGAUCCAGACAAGUGUCAGAGGACCUGUACUACAGAUCCGCUUUGCCAGUUCUACACCUACUUCCAUGAAUCCUACCCCAACCCUGAUUUCAGGCGCCGCUGUUAUCUCAAGCGUGUCAUCACAGCACCUGCUCCUCCCAAAGUGAUUAAAUUGAAUAAUAUCGUGUCCGGAUUCUCCCUGAAAAACUGGGUGUAGACACACACAAACGCACACACACACACACACACACUCACACUCACACUCACUUUCCUUAUCCUCAUUCAGGCUGGAACGUCCUAAAUUUCCCACGGGAUUAAUAAAGUAUCCAUCUAUCUAUCUAUCUAUCUUCACAGCCACACUUCAUGCCUCUCUCUGGACUGUUGGUUGGUCUUCACAUGAUCAGUUGUUUGUCAUUUAAAAUACAGAUGAUUGUUUUUGUGUUGUAUCCUGAAAAAUAAAACUUUCAAGCAAAUAA